AUGUUCUCUCUACGCGCAAUCCCAGUUCAAAAAGCAAUAACCACAACCCUAACACGCUGUCUCUCAACAUCCUCACCCUCCCGCCUCCUCGCAAUCCCAACGAUCAAGCUACCCACCACCCCUCUACGCCAAACCCCUCGUAUUCCCCGGCGCCUCGCACAAGCUCCUUUCACUCGCACGUACGCAAGUAAAUCCUCAGCGGACAGCCUCAUCGAAACCCUGCAGGACCAGUACUUCACUGCGCGCGACGAAUUCGAGAUCGCGAGUGAGGAAACAGAAAAGAAAUCCGUUUACGGAGCGGGAGACCGCGAGGCAGCGAGAGAGGAAUUGGAUAAGUUGAAGAGUAUGUUUGAGGACGCUUGUAAAGGGGAGAAUGGGGAGGAGAUCAAGAAAAGGAUUGGGAAUAGGAUUCGGGAAUUGGAUAAUGCUGUGCAGGCGUUGGAAAGGAGUGCGCUUGAGGAAUAA